CGGGGAGUGGAAGAGAGAGAGUCGCCAUUACUGCCUGGCAGUGCUGCUGAGAGGGGAGGGAGCAGAGAGACGCAGGUUUCGGCUUACAACGCAUACCACACUAACAACACCAAAAUACACUAAAAUACGUGCUAACCGGCCGUUUGGAACUACAGGGGACCACACCGUCAACUGAACCCAACUUCGGGUUUUGUCGGAGGACACUAAUGACCGCAGAUUGUGGAUUGUAAAAAGGAGUUUUUUUGCCCUGUAAUGUGGGAAUGCUUUCUCCUCUUUUCCGUGGUAUGUGGAUCUGGGAGCGACCAUGUUAAUAGGCAGAUGAUAAAAGGAGAAGCCAGCUGUUCUAUCCCAGCUUAAAGAAGACCCAGGAUAGAAACUGAGAGAAAUACAUAGAUUUGGAGGGGGAUUUACCACUACCAAGGGAAAAUCAGAAUGAAUGUGCCUCUGUACCACUGACAAGCAGACCUGGAAUGAUAUCCUGACCUUUUUUCCUGGAAGUGACCAAGUUAGCGAUGAGUGGGGGGAUAUAAUGGCCAAGAACAAGGAUGCCCGCCCCCCGACAUUCGCCGUCAGUGUGGUUGGCCUCUCGGGGACGGAGAAAGAGAAGGGAAAUUGUGGCGUGGGCAAGUCCUGCCUAUGCAACCGAUAUGUGCGUCCUGAUGCGGACAGCUACUACUCGGAGCACACCUCAGUGCUGAGCACAAUAGACUUUGGGGGACGUGUGGUUAACAAUGACCACUUCCUGUACUGGGGGGAGGUGUCCCAUCGAGGGGACGAUGGGUUGGACUGUAAAAUCCAAGUCAUCGAACAAACAGAGUUCAUUGAUGACCAGACGUUUCUUCCGCAUCGGAGUACGAACCUGCAGCCGUACACCAAACGGGCGGCACAGACCAAGCUCCAGUCGGCAGAGAAGCUUAUGUACAUCUGCACGGAUCAGCUGGGCUUGGAGCAGGACUUUGACCAGAAGCAGAUGCCUGAUGGGAAGCUGAACAUUGAUGGCUUUAUGCUCUGCAUCGAUGUUAGCAAGGGUUGCAAUAGGAAGUUUGAUGACCAAAUUAAGUUUGUCAACAGCCUCUACUCCCAAAUUGUGAAGUCAAAGAAGCCUAUUGUCGUCGCUGCCACAAAAUGUGAUGAAUGUGUGGACCAGCACCUUAGGGACCUGCAGGGCUUUGUCGCCAGCAAGAAGAACCUGCUGCUAAUUGAGACGUCAGGACGCUCCAACGUCAAUGUGGAGCUCUGCUUCAACGCCCUCAUCCAGCAGCUGGAUAAAACAAGGGGGAAGCCAAAAACUGUGCCAUACCUGGAGGCCUAUAAAGUCCAACGGCAGCUUGUUGCCUCAGUAACAGAUAAAUUUGAGAAAUUGAUGGUGCACACGGUGAGAGAUUAUCACACCACGUGGAAAAAAGUGGUUGAUAAUCUGAAGGGCCAACAUGAAUAUGACGAGUUCAUUACCUUGGAGGGCACCAAGAAAGCAUGUAACAUGUUCACAAAGCACAUUGCACAACUGAAGCAAGAGCACAUCAAGAGGAGGAGGGAGGAGUACCUGACAACACUACCGAAAACCCUUAACAACCUCCUCAGUAACCUGGAGGAGGUUGAACGCCUCUCAUGGCCUGAGGCACAGAGUGUGAUCCGGAACCGGCAUGAUUUCCAGUACUGGUUUGUGGUUCUGGAACAUACGCCGUGGGAUGAGACAGACCACAUCGACAUCAGUGACCGCAGGAUACCCUUUGACCUCCUCGAUACACCCGAUGGUGAGAGAAUUUACCAUAACCACGUCCAGCACCUGCUGUCUGAGAAGAGAAGGGUGGAGAUGAAAGAGAGGUUCAAGAAGACGCUGGAGAGGGUUCAUUUUAUCAGUGCAGGGCAGCCUUGGGAGGAAGUCAUGUGCUUUGUCAUGGAGGACGAGGCUUACAAGUACAUCACAGAAUCAGAUAGGAGGGAUGUUUAUUGUAGACACCAGCAGGAAAUAGUUGAAAGGGCCAAAGAAGAUUUUCAGGAAAUGCUUUUUGAACAUGCUGAGCUAUUCUAUGACUUGGAUCUGAAUGCCACCCCCAGCUGCAACAAGAUGAGUGAAAUUCACAGUGUGCUGAAUGAGGAGCCCAGAUACAGAGCUCUGCAGAAACUUGCCCCAGAUAGAGAGUCGCUCCUCCUCAAACACAUUGGGUUUGUUUACCAUCCCACUAAGGAGACAUGCCUGAGCGGGCAGAACUGUGUGGAUCUGAAAGUGGAGCAGGUUUUAGCAAACAGGCUGGUGCAGCUCGACCACGGACGCUCUAAUCUUUACUAUAACAGUGCCAACAUCGACAAGAUCAACCUUUGCCUCCUGGGAAGGGAGGGUCUCUCACAGGAACUAGCCAAUGAGAUCCGAGCUCAGUCCACAGAUGAUGAGUACACCCUGGAUGGUAAAAUUUACGAACUGGAGCUUCUGCCUGUGGAUGUCAACUCCACACUGCUCUUCAGCCAUACGUGGGUCAACACUUUCAAGCCACAUGGCUGCUUUUGUGUGUUCAGCUCCAUAGAGUCCCUCAACUGUAUUGGAGAUUGCAUAGGCAGGAUCAGAGCGGAGAUAGCACAGAGUAGGAGAGAUAGGUUUGCUCAGCCACUACCAUUCAUUCUCAUCCUGGCAAAUCAGAGGGACAGUGUUUGCAAAAAUAUACCUAUCCUGAGGCACCAGGGCCAACAGCUGGCAAACAAGUUGCAGUGCACCUUUGUUGACAUCCCCUCUGGGGCCUUUCCACGUAAAUUCACAGAGUUCCAAAUUAAGCAGGGUCUCCGAGCAGUGCUGGAGGGGCUAAAGCAUAACUUUGAUGUCUUGGCCCCCCUGCCCUGUAUCAAAGAUAUGUCAGAGACGGACCUUAGGAUAGUCAUGUGCGCCAUGUGCUGGGAUCCUUUCAGCGUUGACCUCAUCCUCUCGCCUUUCCUAGACUCACAUUGCUGUAGUGCAGGGCAGCCAGGCCAGAGCAACACACUGAUACUGGACAAGAUCAUCGGGGACAGCAGGAGGAGGAUCCAGGUCACUGUUCUCUCUUACCACUCUGCUAUUGGUGUCCGCAAAGAUGAACUGGUGCACGGCUACAUUUUGGUCUACUCUGCCAAACGAAAAGCUUCUAUGGCGACUCUGCGGGCGUUCUUGGCUGAAGUCCAGGACGUGAUCCCUGUCCAGAUGGUGGCAAUCACAGACAGCCAGGCAGACUUCUUUGAGAAUGAUGCCAUAAAGGAGUUGAUGACGGAGGGGGAGCACAUUGCCACAGAGAUUGCUGCCAAGUUUACAGCACUUUACUCACUGUCACAGUAUCAUCGGCAGACAGAGGUUUUUACACCCUUCUUCAAUGAAGUCCUGGAGAAAAAGCUCAGCAUUGAGAGUUCCUUCCUAUUUGACAGCUCAUCACGGGAGUGCACCACUGGUGCCAGUGAAGACGUGUUCCCCACCUCGCCCCAUAGCCAUUCCCCGGCCUACAACACCUAUUACCCAGAAUCUGACGAUGAUAAUGAGGCCCCCCCACCUUAUAGUCCAAUAGGUGAUGACGUUCAGCUUCUCCCCACACCAAGCGAGCGGGCCAAGUACCGGAUCGACCUAGAAGGAAAUGAGUACCCAGUCCAUAGCACGCCUGUUGGAGACCUUGAACGCAACCACAAAGUGCCUCCACCUGUCCGGCCCAAACCAGUGCUCCCCAAACCUAAUGUCAAAAAGCUGGACCCCAACCUGCUCAAAACCAUUGAGGCUGGCAUGCGAAGCAACCGUAGAAUGCUGCGUGGCCCAAUAACACACACCGAAGACGUGGAUCCGUCAGACAACUAUGCAGACCCUGUGGACACCUUGCUAAGGUCCAGGGGCUUCCACAACGACGACAUAUAUGCUGUGCCUGAUGACACACACAGCCGUCUGGUCAAAAUCAGAAACUCCUUUGGUGGGUUACAUGGCCUCCAUGGAGGAGAGGAAGAGAAUGGAUUUGACAGGAAGUCUCAGGCUGGACGGCGGCCCUCAAAAUACAAACAUCGUUCUAAAAUCCUGUUCAGCAAGACAAAGGCCUACCAAAGACGAUUCCACUCUGACAGCGACGGGGAGGAGUCUGGCCCCGCCACGCAGAAAAAGAAAAAGGGAAGAGCCCACCGGGGCAGCGAGGAGGACCCACUGCUCUCUCCUGCCGACCCCUGGAAGGGUGGGAUAGAUAACCCCGCCAUCACCUCCGACCCUGAGCAGGAGGACAAGAAGAUGAAGAAGAAGAAGACGCCCAAGACUCCAAAGGAACCGAAAAAGCAGAAAUCUUCCAAGCCCCCCAAGCCUCUAUACCCCCCUACCCGGAGAACGUGGGAGAGCAACUACUUUGGCGUUCCCCUGCAGAACCUGGUGACCCCGGAUCGACCCAUCCCACUCUUCAUCGAGAAAUGCGUCGACUACAUCGAGCGCACAGGUCUGACGACAGAAGGCCUGUAUCGUGUCAGUGGGAACAAGACGGACCAGGACAACAUCCAGAAACAGUUUGAUCAAGAUCACAGCAUCGACUUUGUGGUGAUGGACGUGGCGGUGAACGCUGCUGCCGGAGCGCUGAAGGCUUUCUUUGCUGACCUGCCCGACCCUCUGAUCCCCUACUGCCUGCACCCGGAGCUGGUGGAGGCUGCAAAAAUCGUGGACUACAUCGAGCGUCUGCAGGUCUUGCGGGAGAUCGUGAAGAAGUUUCCUUCUGUCAACUACCACGUCUUCAAAUACAUAAUCACACACCUCAACAGGGUGAGCCAGCACAGCAAGACUACCCUGAUGACGGCCGACAACCUGUCCAUCUGCUUCUGGCCCACGCUGAUGCGGCCCGACUUCGAGAACAAGGACACGCUGUCCACCACUAAGCUGAACCAGGCCGUCAUCGAGUCCUUCAUCGUGCAGAGCGACUACUUCUUCCACGGCGGCGAGGUGCCCGAGAGCUCCAGCAGCGAGGGCACGCCGCCGCCGCACUGCCACAACAUGGUGGAGGCGCUGCUUCCGCUGCAGCUGCCCCCACCCCUGCAGCCGCAGCAGAUCCAACACACCCUCCACCCUGACCCGCUGAUCUAAGAGCCACAGGAGCAUGCUGGGAAAUUAAGUCUGGGGUUGUUUGUGUGCGCUGCCAGCCGCUUUUGGCCAACAAUCGCUGGGAGGUCGUCUUCUGCUCUAUAAAACGCUGGUCGGCUGUUCAAAUAAAAUAUAAAAUAACCUGGUUGGUGAAUUUUUGGGAUUCAGCACCUGCUGUUUGUCAUCGACUUUGAGGUGAAUGAGCUUUGGGGUUUAGAGACACAUCAACCGUUUGUUGGAUUAAACCUAAUCUGUGAGAUCGGCUCAUUCUCCGAGGUUAAUCCUGGAUUAGAGAAUUACAAUCGGACGUCACCUUUUGGAACUAAUUUGUGGAUCUGACUGCCCCUUUUAUGAUACGAAGACUGAAAAUAGCUGAUGAAUGGACUGAUUUGAUUUGGCACAUAGCAACAACACUAAUCGUUUAGCAGGGUCUGACUUGGACUCCGGGGAUUCUGGGACACGUUUGGGGCAAAUAAAGAUUACUCUCCUCCUACCUUACCCUGAUGGAAUAGCACACUGGGGUCCUAACCAAGUCCCCCUUAAUCCCUGCCCACCUUUUCCCUGCUCCGAGACAAGACAAAAGGGAAGUUAAAACUUAGAGUCCCCACGACUGCAACUCAGAUAUGAAACACUCGAUGCUGACUGACUGACUGACUCAUUAGAUGUUUGACUGAGUGGUUACCCGGCGGAGUCUUCCUGCAGAUCUCCACAUUUCGGCACAGUGAAACAUUUCUUCUUCUUCUUCUUUUGUUGCCCUUUGACCCAAAACCGGUCAGCAAGAGGAGGCGAGGUAAUGUACUUCAUGCCUGAACUUUCCCUUUGACACCAGACGUCAAACAGGCUCACAAACGACUCGACGCCUCGCAGAGAUAUGAGAAAUUGUGGAUUAUCUUUGGGGCUCUGGUUUUAAAUACUAAAAGACAAAAUGAAAUGACCCCUAUUCACUACGUGAACUUUGACCCCCUUAAAGGACAGCUAAUGCACGAUUUGUGUCAAAGGUCCCACAUGCCAAUUUCAUGUCUGUUUGUGUAGUUUAUGUUUUUAUCAUUUGGACUCUUUAUUUCUUUUUUUAAUAUUUUUUGUAACGUCUAAUUUCUACCCAGUUUAUGUGUGUGCGAGUGUGUGUGUGAUGACGAUGAUGUGUGUGAUGGUGUAUCUGUGUGAACUGACCUGUGGUCAGUAUUACAGCCAGUUUGUACCUUCUCUGCAGAGGGAAGGGGGGAUUCAGGAGGGAAAAAGGAAUUCAAAAUGUGGACUGACGGACUUGUAGCGCUCUGUAUGAGAGAAUCAGACUUUACUACAAACCUUCAGCCUAACUGUCUCGUCUCUUUAGAGCCUCUAACUCUUAAUGCAGCGACUGACGUCUCUCGAUCCGAAGGGACGACCUCCCUGACUCCUCGAUGAUGGCACAUGAGUGAGGAAACCACUACGCCGCGAUGCAUUCAGGCUCGGUUCAAGGGGGGCGUCUUCCGUGUUCGAUUGCUUCCUUGGCUUUGCGGAGGACGCUUCCCACUUGGUCAUUUCUAUUUUUGUUCUCCUGUUCUGUUGGUUUGUUGGAAACUAAAAUUUGCAUGUCUCUGUUUUGCCACUUAGGUUUAAAAAAAAAAAAAAUUAAAAAAAAAAGAACUUUAAAGUUUAAAAAAAUGAAAUGAAACACUUUGACACUCUAAUGGAGCUCUUGUUCAGAUUUGCAUCGUUUUGGUUUAAGGGGAACAUUUCCACAGAAAAACUCUAUGAGGGGUUUAAUUUUUUGCAUUUUUUUUUUUCUGUCAUGCAAGAAAUCAACUCUUAAUAUCAUAUUUUUGGUUAUAUGUUGAAUAGUUUUCCCUAAGUAGAGGAAAGAAGUAUAUAUAAUUAUAUAUAUAUAAAUAUAUAUAUAAAUUUAUCAGCAGCAGAGGUUGCUGAUUUAGUGAAAUACCACGGGGUACUGGACUGUAUAAUCUGUCAGAAGCUAUAAUCAUAUUUCUUUGUGGUUCUGAUGGUGUAACUGAAACCCAUCCUUUUUUUGAUGGUGUGUGAGUGUGAAUGUGUGUGUGUGUGUGUGUGUGAAGAGGGAAGGGGCUUUGAUAACGGAUGGGGUAGGUUUUUAUUGCUCUUUGUCAGAAAGAGAAAAAAAUAUCCCUCAUCGCUUUCUUCACCGAUGACUGAGGCAGAACGACGGCAGCAAAAAAAGUCAACAUUAAGUCAACGCAAAAGUGCUUAAAAAGCUUCAUUUAGUAACGCGUUAGACUUUUGCUCACCUGUGCCCCAGUUUGUUCCUUUCCUGUAUUCAUACGCAUGCUGAGCAUCGUUUUUCUGACAGAUAAACCCCUGACAGUCUUUGGCAGGAAGAUGUUAAACAUUUAUCGCAGUUUUCCAGAGUCUUCAAACACUCUUCUGUCCAUCGGGAUAAAAAUAUUCCACCUGCUUUAUAAUAACAAAGAUUUUUAACCAGUUUUCCACGCUGGAACAAACAUCAUAGUCGGAGAUGAUGCAUCGGUGACGCUUUAUUUUACGGGUCUGUAAUUUCAUGUCCGAAUACUUUCCUAAUAAUUUCCAUGAAGUUUCCUGGAAAAACUUUAUGAUUUGCAUUUAAUCAAGAACUGUACUUAAGUACAGUUUUGAGGUACUAGAGUAUUUCCAUUUUCUGCUACUUUAUACUUCUACUCCACGUCAGAGGGAAAUAUUGUACUUUUUACUUAACUACAUUUAUUUUAAGUACAUUUAACUACUUUUAAGUACAUUUUGUUGCUAAUACUUCUGUACUUUCACUUUAAAAUGGUAUUGGUUGUGGAGUUGUUGUUUUUUUUUAAGUGUUAUUAUUACCAUUACCUGAGUAAAGGAUCUAAAUACUUCUACCACUGGUAAUGUGGUACUAAUUAAAUGUUAAAUUAGCACACUUCUAAUCAAUUCAUUUCAGUUAAUUGCUGUCAUCACCCAGAGAGUCUUUUAAUCAGGACACAGCAGGUCAGCUCAACAUGCUAAAGUGCAAAAUGUGUCUACAGGCAAGCAAACAAUUCAACAUAUAUUGAGAAUUAAGUUUCACUAAUAAAUAAAUAUUUCUUCGGAGAUUUUCUUUUAAAUACAUUUAUUUUUCCGCUUUAAUUAGUACAAAAUGACACAGUUCUUUCCAGGUAAUGUCCUAGGAAAUUAUUUGAAAAUGAUCGACCCCUAAAAUACAGCGUUUCCGACAUAUUUUUAUGCUCUGUGUGACGUAAACUAAAAUUUUAAACUUUUUUUUUUUUUUAAUGUUGCUUUCAAUUAUUUUACAUAUUUAUACAAAAUAAUGUGUUUAUCAUAUGGGAGGUACUGUACGUCAUUUCUGGCAACAGAUUUUGUUUUGAUGACGAAAUAGUCUCAACUCAGGCUAAAUGUCUUUUUUUUUUAUCAUCUGAUGGAAUAUUUUUUGAUCCAGAUGUACAAAAGAGUCUUUUAGAUUUUCAGAAAAACAUACUCUGACCUGAGAGGCUCAAACUAAAGAUACAAACACAGUUACAUUGUGUAGGUACUGAAUUGACAACGGCAUGAAUAUUUAAAGAACUUGAAAGGGUCUGAUGAAAUACAGAUUUCCAGCGACGUUGCAGAUAACUUUUUGUCAGCUGUUACUAUAAACUCGCAGUACUUCUCACUAAAACUCACACACAGCGGCUGCUCUCCUGACCGUUUUUAACAACUUUUUAAUCCAGAUGUAAGCUUUUCUUGAACAAAUUCCAGAAAAAAACGAGAUAACAAUAUAAGAGUAUUCAUGGUUUUCGCUUUAGAAAAUAGUAGGAAUAUCUGCACUCCGAGACAAAACACCAUGGUGGUAAAGUGUAAACUUCCCCUCUGCCCUUUUCUGCAGCCUGGUCAAGUUUAUUAUUUCCUUAAACUCUGUUUAUCAGAUGGAUCCUUGAAGGGUCAUCAUACCAGGGAUGCAUUGCUCUGCUAGUGGCUGUUUGUGUGAUGUUUGGUGCUAGUGAGUAGAAAAUGUGGAGGGGAGGUGAAAGAGGGCCUGUUAAGUGACUGAUGAAACAGCUGCUCUCGAUUAAAACUGUGUCAGUUGUUUUUUUUUUUUUUCCUGCAAGUUUUGUCCUUAAAGUUUGAGACUGAACCAGAUUCUCCUCUAAAAAGCAGGAAAAACAGAAUAAUUCUGGUUAGGGAACGUUUCCAGCCCCUUUUACAAGUUUUUCGAUGAAUGUCAGCGAUGGGGGAUGAGUCCAAUUAUACAAAAAUGUCGAGCGGGGGUGUGUCCCACUUUAGACGUGUGUCCCAUGUCCUCACUUGAUUUCUUUUCAACCCUCAAAAUGGUCGGCUGUUUUCCUGUAUGGCUGAUGUUUGUAUCCAGACAGCGUCAUUAGGCAGUUUUUGGUAGAGAUCUAAGCUUUUCCUUUUCUUUUUUUUUUGUCAAAUUCUGCCAGUAUUGUUUGUUUUAUUUCAGAAAACCCAAUUUAUCUUCCCACAAGCACUGAAACUAUUAGUCUGUCAGCAGAAAAUUGAUAUAUUUUGAUCGUAAUCUGUUGAGGGAAAAAUGCCAGAUACGCCAGACCCUGGAAGUUGUAGCCUUACUUCAUUCAACUUCUAACAUGAUAAAACAUGACACAACGUGAGAGGACACAGACUACCAAUAAAGGGUAGAAAAGGAAUGAAACCAACAGCCCAACAUAAAUUUUUUUUUUUUGUUUUUUAUUUUAAUUUGAGGAAAAGGAAAGAAAUGGAGCCAAAAGCCUUAAGUCUUAACAUCGCCACAAAUCUGAUUUAGCUAACUUUAAAGGGCACUUUGAAGGGGGCACGUGUCUUGAAUGGGACCCGCUGCAGACAAAUGAGAAAUAAUUUUCCUUUUGAGAUGUGAAUGGGAGUGUUAAGGGUGUGUUAAAGGGGAUAAAUAUUCAGAAUGGAACGUAGCCAAAAGCCCAUUUUAAGGUUUUAUGAUGGGCUGAAGGGGACAUUGGAGGGACCGAAUGGCAAGAGUGGAACAGAGCCAAGAGCACCAGGAUCUACAAGGUCAAACGUUUUGGGUUUUUUGGGGGGGAGGGGGUUCAGGAGCUGCUAGAUAAUAAAAGAUUAAGCUGUUCGUCUGUAGUUUUUCAUCAAUCAAUCAACUGUUCUUUUAAUUUUUUUAAAUAAUUUUGUUGAUAAGAUCUGCUCUCAUCCAGUCACACCGGUGUACAAACCAACUGACUUUUAACGUCAUCCGCUGUGUAUUAUAGUAAAUAAAAAUGAUUUUCAGAAAUGAAAAACUCUAAAACAAGUUGUUUUUUUUUGUCUGUUUUCUCUCCAUAAUGUUUCCAAAUAAAGUUUCUUUUUUCCAAAGGUG